ACAAAAUGGCGGCGGCGCUCGGUCCCGCCUCACCCCGCGUCCCGGGGCGCCGGCACCCGGGCGGGGCUUUGCUCCUCGCCUCGCCUCGCCCCGCCGCGGUGCUGCCCGUCCUCGCCAGCCCUCGGCGCUGGCCAGGAGCCCCCUGCUCCCGGUGCUGCCCCGGGCUCCUCUCGGGGCAUCGCCCCCUGCGCCUCGCAUCGCAUCGGGGCGCGGCGCAUCCCCGGGGCGCGGCGGCGGGGAUCAGCGGGGCAGCCAUCUAAUGAUCUACUAUACUGAGUUACGGAGCUGUGGUAAAUGAAAGAAGCAGGGUACUGCUGCACCAGCAAAUAGACUCAUUGCAAAGACAUUCCCAAUGCAGCAAAGUGUAGGAGACGUUGAUAUUGUCAUCCUGAUGCUAAAGACAGUACCAGCUAUCCUACCUGCGAAAUGCAUUGCUUGGGAUAAAGGAAACCUUACGCAAGAAGAGAUGCCAGUAUUUUUAAAUUUACGACAAAUUUAAGAGCUACAAUAAGAUAAUGCUCUAAAUGAUUCUCCAAGAUGUUUGCAAAAGCAACAAAGAAUUUUGUGAGAGAAACAGACAGCGGAGGUGACUUGAUCCCUGUCUCUCACUUGAACGCCUCAGACAAGCUGCAGCUUCUCAGCUUGGUUACAAAGAAGAAGACAUUCUGGUGCUGGCAGAAGCCCAAGUAUCAUUUCUUGACAGUCUCCUUGAGUGAUGUGCUCACAGAAGACAAACCUAUAAAACCAGUGAUUGUGGAGUCUGACUUCGCAAAAUACAUGGGGAAAUUUGAAGAUUUUGUUCAAGGAAGUAUUGAAACUUCGUUUGGAAAGAUCAGCCUGGGAGCUGGAGGGAGGGGCUAUGUGGAAAGCCAGUCCUCCUUUGGAAACCUGAGGAAGCAGGAGAUUGACUUGCAGCAGCUUAUGAAAGACGUCAAGGACAGAAUGAUAAAUAUGAAGAGUAGUUUACUGCAACAAGUAAUAGAAAGAAAACGUGAAGUACUGUGCAUCUUGAGAGAGAAGAUAGUAACAACUCAAAAGUGUACGAUAGCUGAACAUAUCCAGACAGAAGAAAAAAUCAGUGGUCUGCUGGGAUGCAGUACAAAAACAGUCAAGGUUUCAGUGAGUGACAGUGGAAGUACGGUGAAGGAUUCUAGUGUGAUCCUUGAGAUUCCUCCUGCAACCACUAUUGCCUAUGGCGUGAUUGAACUCUUUAUAAAGUGCAAUGGCCAGUUUGAAUUCUGUCUGCUGGAUGAACAACAAGGAGGUUUUGAAAGAGAAAGCACAGAAGGCUCAACUUAUCCCCAUUCAGCACCGUUCAGAGAUGCUUUGUUUCUGUAUCAGCCAGAUGCUGUUGAUAAUGGGGUGUGCUCUGGGGCUAGGAACCUCGUUCCCAGGGAUGCUUCUUUAAGUGUAUUGAAACAAGAUCUAUCAUGGUUGAAGGCUCAGUUCCAGCCCUUUGCGAAGCUCCCAGAAGAAAAGCAAAGAGCUUUAUAUAAAAGCCUGUGUGAACUCCUGCUCCGUGAAGAAAUGCUAACUGCCCUGGCGGAUGUGUUAGAUGAUAUCUGCACAGGAGACAAGCCAGAUCUGAAGGAGCUAAAACCUGCACAACAGCAAGACCUGGUUGACUUCUUGCAGCUCUUAGGGUGCAGUAAUGAGGUAUUGUUGCAGAACUGUCAGCUUCAGGAUGAGGAAUUGGUCUCAGCUGCUCACCUCCUCAUCAGUGCUGCCUCUGAGCUGUCUGAUUACACUCUUGUCCUGCUGCGUGCCUGCUGUGAUCUACAGGUUGUUCCGGCAUUGUGUUGCUUGCCUAAUAUCGCUUCAGCUGACGGCACCUUGGCACUGAGCAGUCCUUUGGUGGCUACUCUGACUGACAGAGGAAGAUUCGAUGUCGUGCAAAGGCUUUUUGCUUCAUCAAGCAUUAAUUUGGAAAUGACAGAGUCUUCUGUAAAAGUUGUCACUGCGAGAGAACCUCGCUUCUUCCCGCUCCUUCUUUAUGUUGCACUGUACGGACUUCAUAGUUUAGGUGGGACUGCAUAGGAGCUUUGCUGAGCAGUCACUGUCCCAGCCUGUUCUUUCUUCUGUAGCUGUGCAAUAGCGCCGAGGUUUGUGAGCUGGCAAUAGAGCACCUGAGUACUAGGGGGUCCGUGGGGGCGAGGCAGGCGGCAGCGAGCCCUCUGCUGCCGUAAGAAGGUGAGCUGCAGCUCCGCAAUUUCACUAAGGUAACGUCUGCAGUGGAAAAUACAUAAAUAAGUAAAUAAGGAAUGCAGGGGAGGAAGGAAAAAAAAAAAAAAGACAAGCCUGGAACAGAAAUUGAACAUAGCUGUUCUGAUAGUUGUCAGAUAUGCAGAGCGGUAGACGCCUGAUUGCUCGCAUUAAUAUGCGUGGGAGAAAACUGCAAAGUACCAACUGCUUUUUGUAAGCAGGCAAACAGGCUGUGGAAGUCCAAGGUUCUGCAGUGCAGUGUAUGUUUUGCUCAUUUGAAACCUGAGGUGCAGAAUGCCUUCAAUCUGGAGGAGGUGAAGUGGAGGGCUCUGGAAGAGGUACUUAAUUAGGUUUUCAUUUAUUAAGUGUAGUUUGGCAUCAAGCCAUGUGAACUGCACGCUGCAGGAAAUAAUAAACUCUUUUUUCAAAAAACUAAGACCACCUUAGGGAUUUAUGCCUCUGUUUUCAACUAAGUUUUUACUAAGCGUAGCAAGUUUCAGCUGUUCAAAUUGCAUUUUGAACUUUCUCUUUGAGAUACUGUGAUGCCUUCUGGUAUGUGCGUACGAAAUGUCCCUGCAGCACUCCACCAAAGCAAUCGUUUCAUCCAUGUGACAUUUUCAGUGCGGGUGUUUUGCUUAUGCCUUUGACUAAUGGCAAAGAGUUAGCAAAGCACUUUGUGCUUUGAGCUGUUUUGUCUUUUUUUAAUCAUACUUUUCUGUGAUCGUGCGAAUGGGACAGAAGCGCAGUGGAGAUCACUGUAAAUAGGGGCUGGGGAAGAUGUUGUUCCAGAUAAAUGGAAUAUCGGUGCUUUCAGGUAAGACUGAGAUGGCUGACAGGGAAGCAAGCAGGUGUCUGUAGGGAGGGCUGGUCAGUGCACAGGCCCUGCAGUUUACAUAAAGGGUAGGAAUCGUAGCUUCAGUUUUCUGCUCUGUUCCCACAUGGUCUUGAGCAGAUCGCCCAAGAGGUCUUCAAAAGCUCAUGUCAGUUAAGCUUUCCCUGAGAAAAUGGACUUUGCAAAAAAAGCACCGUGGUACCUUUCAGUACCUGAGAGCGCAAGAUACUUUUGCAGACUGAAGUGUUGGCAUUUCUGUGUCUCGUGUGUAAAAUGAAGCUCACAGUGUUGCCUGAACGUGGCACUGGUGGAUAUGGAAAUGUCCUUUUGGGGGGGGGGGGUGUAGGAGUGCUUGUAGGAGUUGUGCUUUUGUAAACGGGAAGGUUUUUUCUGCCAGCCACUGCUCAAAAGUUGCCUCUGUAACUAAUUUAUCAGAAAUUUGUAUUAAAUGUCAUAGCAAAACAAUAGAAUGACUUAAAACUUAAUGUAUGUGAUUUCUGCUUAUCCUUUUUUGAUUCCCGUCAUACCCUUGGCUUUGAAAGUUGGUGCACACAGGCACGAAGAGGACGUGUGAAUCCGUGUAGUGCUACCGUUCGCUUGUCCUGGUCUUCAGAGUCUUGGUGUAAGCCUUACACGUGCUGCGUUGUGUAACUGCUUUCAGGGUGGGUGGGCUGUCUUGUGUAUGUAGGAGACCGGAUUUGGUUAAAGAGGAAAAAGACCCCAAGGGGUUCUGCCCCUUCUGCCUCCACUUGCUAGUCAUUGUUUGCUCGGGUCUGUUGGCUUCUCACUUCCUCUGCCUGCCCUACUUUUAGGAUGGAUCCUCUUCCCUGCAGAAGCCGGUGGUUGUGCAUGGCAGCCACCAGUCUUGGCUCUGUCCUUUAUGUGCUGCCUUUCCUCUGGGAUCACAGAAGCACCUCUAGGCGAACAGAUAGCCUGGAAUGCUUUUUGAAAAACAGAGUAGCACAGGUGGGUAAAAAUGAGCUGCUAAAGCAAUUUAUACGUUCAUGUCUCUCUAUGUAACAACUCAUUUCUUGCACGCUCCUGAAAGCGGGAUUCUUAUGCACAUAAAUAUUCAAAAUAGCCAGGACUGGGGUUGUAAAGACCCAAGGCAGCAGCAGAGGCAACGUGUCUUUCUCCAUAUACCUUUUGUCCUGCCUUUCCCUAAGUUAAACAAGGAUAGCCUCUUCAUGCGCCCAGCCUAAGCUGCACUGAUCCAGAUGAGUUCAGAGUCUCCUCGCUGCAUCCUUGAUGAAGCUGAUUCCUUGUGACAGGCUGGCCUCACGCAGAAACUGCUUCCUCGAGGUUAGGUGGGGUUUCCCUAGAAAACAGAGGUGGUAAAAGGGCACUAGGGUCCUGCAGAGCAGGCUGGUGCUUGUCUCAUAAAAGGCUUUGUUUCACUCCCAGCCCACUCUCCCUGAAGCCUUGCUUCCCUUUGAUACAAUUUUGCCUUCUGCAAGAGGAAGGGGGAAGAAGCCUCACCUUUGUGAUUCGGAAUCAGAUCAGCGCGAGGGAAGCUGAGGUCAGCGGCUGCUUUUUAAAGCGCACGCUGUCUCCAGCAGCCUGCAGGCUCAGCCUUGUUUCGGUAACCAGCACUCAACAGGCCUGAGUCGCUUGGGCUUUUGUGCACUUGUUAAUUACAGAGACGGAGUCCUGUAAUGCUGGAGUACUUAGACAGUAAGGAAGGAACCCAACUUCAGCAAGGGCACUUGUAGGAUAGCUGGAGAGGCCCAAGGGGCUCCACAUUGAAUGGGGAAGGGGUGCUGGUGCAUUCAAAAGCCAAAAAGAAAGUUUUAUUUCUAAACUGAAGGCCCCUCCUGGCACUGCGCAUGGAACACCUCACUGCUGCGGCUGAGGCUGCACAAUGGUGCAUCCAGGAGCAAAAGCUGUAGUACUAGAAGAGCCAGGCAAGGAGCGUUUGAGUACAGAGCUAGGUGCUUACACCCACCUCAGACAGGGGCAGACCCCAGGCUGGCACCUUGAAGCAGAGUUGCCACGUGGGCUCCAGGCUCCGUUUGUUGUCUUUGUGGCAGCUGCAGUGGUGUAUCUGAAGUCUGUGCUGAGACGCGAUUGCGAGGGAUUUCAGACAGCCCCCUUCUGGGCAGGAAGUUUCACAAUUUCAGAGCAAAAGACACAGUACGGAAAAAUGAAAAAGCUUUUUAGUUUUCCUUCCUCAGCCUGCCGUAUCAGGAGACAACCCUAAGCACAGUAAGUGCAAAGUCAAGAUCUUUGUCGUGUUUUAAAGAACACAAGAAUUUCUUACAAGUGUACGGAAUUUAGCCUUCCCCACUCCCAGUGCAAAGACCAACCUUUGCAGGUGAGCUGGUCAGUGGAGGAUUUUGUACUAGCACCCUAACAGUCGUGUAGCAGGAAAUACUUGAUGUGGAAGCGGUUUGCAGCAGUGAAGGAUUAGGCUAAGAUAAAAGGCAGAUGUGCUCAGAUUGCCUCCUGAGAGCAUCUUCACUUAGCUAGAAUUCACUGUAUGACCAAAAAAAUCAGAGAAGUUAAUUGCAGUUUUUCAAUAUUAAAUCUUUAUUAUAUACAAAAAUAUUUUGUUGGGAAUUAACAGAAUUUCACAAUUUUUACAUUAAUAUUUUUAUGCUUGGCUGUGUUUAUUGUGAAAAUAUUAGCUGUGAAAAAGACAACGGGGGUUUUAAAAAACAAGUUACAAUUUAAAAAUGUCCUACGUAUUAGCUGACUUUAUUAAUGUCAAGUCAGAAUGCUAACAAGUCCCAUCUAGGCCUGCUCUAUAGCAUUGUAUUCAAACAAUUAGGUACUAAAUCAUCUUCAGCUUCACAUUAGAAAUAGUUAAAUUUUCUUUUGUAUGAUAUUUUCAGCUAAUAAAAUGUAUUUUCUACAGGAGAGCAGUUCUUAAAGUUUUACAAGUGUCAAAUCCAGUUUAGUAUUCUGUAGAAGGAAAAAAAACAACAUGCAAAGCUUCCAAUAGGAAAAGAAAAACCCUUGUGAGAACAAGCAAGGUAAAGAAAUGCACAGUGACAGACUUUCAGUACACAUUUAAAGCAAUACACUUACUUAAACAAGACUUUAUAGUUCUUAGCCCAGUUUGGGGUGAGAGGGAGGUAAACUUCUUGUAUUUUAAAACCUAAGGAGGAGGUUCCCCCUUCUAUCAGAAUACUCAAGUGUUACAAACAGGUAAUGUAUAAUGCAGGACUCGGGGAGGGAAAGCUCAACAUGCAUUUUUAAAGGGGAAGAAAUCCUUUUCAGCAGUUUUCUCCAUAUGUAAUUGUGUACAAACAAAAACCUAAACCAACAAAAAUCAGUCAAAAAAAGAAAAAAAGCCCAAUUUUGACAGCUGACAAUUUUGCUGCCACUCCCAGAACUGCGCAAAGCCCUACCAUUAGUUUUGCUCUAUAGUAUGUAAUGUAUAAGAUAUCAAAUAACUGAGAAUUUAUUUGGGUUUUUGGAAGAGAUUUUACUGUAUUCUAGGUAAAUGUUAGCUACUUACGAAGCGAUGACUUGGAUCAGCUGUGAAGACAGCCAGACUUGCAUGGACAAGCAUUAGCGUGGAGCUGAUGACAUCAAAAGGAAAAGCGUAAGUGGGAGAAAGUGUCUCCAAGACUACUUUAACCAUUUUAGCCUUGCAGCUUGGUCAUAUUCCACAUCCAACCACUGCAUUAGCAGCAAAAGAAAAUCUAUACCUAACUAGCAGGAGAAAGGGUUAAAGAUAUUGAAAACAAAAUUCACAUUUACUUUAAAUGCAAUGUAUCCUAUAAAAUAUAAAUAUUACUGAAACUCUCCUUAAAGAAAAAAAAAAAAAGUUUGGAUGUGAAACUGCUUAACAGCCUUUACCAAGCUGGAAUUUUUGUUUGUAAGUCUGUGCAGGUCAAUUCCAGCUUCAGUGCCAGUAAAUGAAGUAAGAAUUCAGCAGUUCAACAAGUGACAGUUUGUGGAAUAGUAUCCCACUGUGGUCCAAAAUGAAGAGUUCAAGUAAGUUAACAGACACUGUUUUGAAUUUCUUGCAGUAUAUUAACCCUAAGACUAAUUUAUCUAUCUACAUAGCUCUACAUGUCUGUGUGAGUGCACUUUGAAUAUAUUUGGAAGCCAAAGCUGCCUCUUAAUACUUGUUACAAGUGUUUUUAAUGUAUUAGGAUCAUUUCUUUAGUGUUGGGACUGCAAGCACUAAGUUACACCAUUCUUAAAUACCGGUGUCUCUAUUGAACACUAUUACCUCUACAAGACAAGUUGGGAAUCCCAAACAAUUCACAUCAGUAAGGUUCUUUAAAAUGUGAAAACUGAAGGGUGGGGUUGGGUGUUGUUUGGGGAAGGGGGGCAGGACUUCAUUUCACCCCCUUCAAUAAUGACAGUCUGCCAGAGAAAGCAAAUGAAAGUACCUUAACUAAAGAAAUCCCGAGAUUACUGACAGCUAGAGAGAGAUUUAAGGCAAGAGGUCUAGCAGACUAGAAGUCCUCACGUCAACUAACCACUACCUAAACACGGAUAAACUGAUCUCUAACACUGUUGCAGAAGUAGUAUCAUUAAGUUUGGCAAUAACAACACAGUGCUUUAACGCUUCAGAACUUGGCUGAGGCAAGAAACCCUGCAUGAAGUAAAUAAUCCUUAUCCGUUUGCAUGAUAGAUGUGACAGACUUCCACCUGUAACUGGUCUUAAAGCUGUACCUGCAGGCACAAGCAGCGGCUGGGAAGCUAUCGCAGUAGGCACUAUAGAUGCUUUGAGAAGCGGCAUCUGCCUCAGCCUUCAAUCAGAAUGAAGACGAUAGAUGAAGACUGGAUGGAAAACCAAGGAAAAGGUAAAGGAAGUUUGAAUUUGUUCUUGUUCACAGUAGCAGUUUGUGUAAAAACAGCAAUAACCCAGAUCUCCCAAUUUCUGGAGUUGUGCUCUACUUGGUCACUCUGUACUGGUCCUUACUUAAGCAGAGCAGAGAGGCAAACUUGGCUCCAAAGGGUCCCUAGCUAGGAAUUUUUUGUGUUUAAAAUA